UUCACUAUCAUCCAGUUUUGUGAUUACCGCCAAGCUAACAGUAGUGAGUUACAUUUGUUUCCCCACGAUGCAUCCUUCCAAGAUAAACGCUCUGGUAGUUGCAGCUGUUUUCUGCAUUAUAGUUUCGAUUGGUGACGUGAAUUGUGGCCCAGCCAUGGAUAUCUUCGGUGGCUACGAGAUGGCGUCGAUCUGUAUGACCAACUGUGCCCAGUGCAAGCGGAUGUAUGGGACCUUCUUCGAUGGGCAGGUGUGUGCCGAAUCGUGUCUCGAAUUCAAGGGUAAAAUCAUACCGGACUGUGAGGACCUCGGCUCGAUUGCUGCCUUCCUGAACCACGCGGAGAUGAAAAAGUAUGCUUGAAGUAUG